AAGGGACCAGAGAGAGAGAGAGAGAGAGAGAGAGAGAGAGAGGAGCCAAAAUGAUGAUGGAGUAACCAAAAAUGGUGUCUGCUUGCUGUCUUCUCUUUUGGGGUUUCUGUUUCUCUGACCAUAUCAUUUCGUGUAUAUAUGCCAAGGAGAGAGAGAGAUCCGACUGAAAAAAUUUGAGUUUUUUUGUGUGGUUUAUUUAUUUUGUAUAUGAUAUACAAGACUGUGGUGGUCCUUAACUUCGUUGAGGUGAAUAUACAGAGGGAGAGUGAGAGAUAGAGAGAGUAAUUCGAAGACUCUGCCGGUGUUGGUGACCUGAAUUGACAAAUUUUCCUGAUUUGCUGCUACGUACGGCGACGGACGGUUGAUCUCGCGAUCCGAUAAUGGAAGGAGAUCUGCGUUUCGUGCUUCACGCUGCAUGGUUGUGAGGGAACGAAGAAGACGACAAAGUUCCACUUGCUUCUUCAAAACAAGUGAUGAUGGCGGUGACUUCGGCCUGCAAAGACAGUAAAAUGGGGAUGGACAAUGGGAAAUAUGUGAGAUACACGCCGGAGCAGGUCGAAGCCCUUGAAAGGCUCUACCAUGAAUGCCCAAAACCCAGUUCUCUUCGCCGUCAACAGCUGAUUAGGGAAUGCCCCAUUCUCUCAAACAUUGAGCCGAAGCAGAUCAAAGUUUGGUUUCAGAACCGAAGAUGUAGAGAGAAGCAGAGGAAAGAGUCAUCGCGCCUCCAAGCUGUGAAUAGGAAGUUGACGGCGAUGAAUAAGCUGUUGAUGGAGGAGAACGAUAGGUUGCAGAAGCAAGUUUCACACUUGGUGUAUGAGAACAGCUAUUUUCGCCAACAAACUACUCAGAAUGUGACCCUUGCCACCACAGACACUAGCUGUGAAUCGGUAGUGACUAGUGGUCAGCGCCAUCUGACUCCUCAGCGCCCACCAAGGGAUGCAAGUCCUGCAGGACUUAUGUCCAUUGCAGAGGAGACUUUAACAGAGUUUCUAUCAAAGGCCACUGGAACUGCUGUGGAGUGGGUCCAAAUGCCUGGGAUGAAGCCUGGUCCGGAUUCCAUUGGAAUCAUCGCUAUUUCUCAUGGUUGCACUGGUGUAGCAUCACGUGCAUGCGGCCUUGCGGGUCUAGAACCUACAAGAGUUGCUGAACUCCUCAAAGAUCGGCCUUCAUGGUUUCGUGAUUGCCGGGCUGUGGAUGUUCUUAAUGCCUUGUCUACUGGGAAUGGUGGAACCAUUGAACUGCUUUACAUGCAGCUGUAUGCGCCAACUACCUUGGCGCCAGCUCGUGAUUUCUGGUUAUUGCGCUAUACAUCAGUUUUGGAGGAUGGUAGCCUUGUG